UACAAUAUCCAUAUUUCAUCUUGAUAUUCGGCUUUCGUCCUAAAGUGAGCCUUUUCCAUAUAUAUCUAUUCAUCUUCCUUAACCUUCCGAGCUUGUUUCGUUCAUGUGUCAAUGCCCAAAGGGUUCAAGUAAAGCCUGCAUCAGUUCACUUAUAGCUUCAACACUUCAAUGCUCCCAUGUCACUUCUAAACUUCUAAUACUUCCUUUGAUAUCCUCAAUUCCGCAUGAUAUCUUCUUACAACCGCUCAAGGGUCGCCCUAUAAUACUUUAAUAGUAAUUGUUUCUCUUUUUCAUACCUUUAGCGACAGCAUUGAGAAACAAGUUUUCGUAUAAUUCAUUUUCAAAAUGUUCACAUCUUAUAUCAAAAAUAAUCCAUCAAUGGAUCCUCAAGUCCUACGAUUGGCAUUCAAACCCAAAUCUACCAUCAUGUCACCAACCACAGAACCACUCACCGAUUUCCAUCUCUUUCCAAAUCUUCUACCUGAACUUCGAAUCCUCGUCUGGCGAUAUGCCUGUACAAGUCGUACUGUCGAAGUUAGAUAUGAUCCAACCAUCGAUCGAUGUCGUUCUAUUAGUCCACCUCCAGCAAUCCUCCAAGCCAGUCACGAAUCACGAACCGAAGCUUUACGUGUAUAUACACUCUCUUUUGCCACAACGACUUCCGAUCCAACAAUAUAUUUCAAUCCUUAUAUCGACGUUCUUUACCUUCCUCGGCAUCGUGCUAUGGGAUACGAUGAAACCCUUCGCGACUUUCGUACAUUUUUAAAUACACCGGAGCUCCUCGAUGAUGUUAAGGCUAUCGCGAUCGAUCAUGUGGAUGUGGAGGUCAAGAGACCGUGGGAAUCAUACAACAAAGCAACAUUAUUACGAUCUUUCCCAAAUCUCGAUUUGGUCAAAUUAAUCAUCAGAGAGGACCAAAGAGCAUGUGGGAAAGUGAAUGAAGAUUUUGAGUUUGUAGAACCGAGGAUGGAACCAGAAGAUAUAUUAAGAAUAUGGGUAGAUUUUAAGCAGAGUUUUAUGAGGGAAGAAAGAACUUUGAAGGAGAUCGCUCUCGGUUCUGAAAGGGAAUAUAUAGGAUGGGCUUUACCGACUGUGAGGGUUCAAACGAAGGUUAAGAAGGAAAGUGUAUAAAGAGAUAUUUCGGAAAAGGUUUCAUUGGGAUUCAGAGGUGUAUUAUAUGGUAUACCCACAUGGUUGGCGCAUGUUUGGGAUGGUGUUUUGGGCGCAACAAAUUCUCUUUUCCAUUUACUCGUUUUCUUUUUCAUAUUAUAGUGAUGGUUCUUGAGGGCGUGGAAGCGCAGAGGAUUAAUGAGGCUCGAGAUAAGAUUAUAUUAACAAAGUAAGAAGUGAAAAAUAUCCAUAGUAAUAGUGGAUAAACAAGUCGGACUCUAAAUUGUUUUAUUGUAAGAUCAACAACAUAAAGAUGAAAGGUAAUAAGGCAGGAAUAGUUCCAAGACGAAUACUAUCAAAUAUUAAAACCCAAACUACUCUGUAGUUAUUUGGUUAUAAUAUGAUAUAGCUGUACGCUUGGCUGACUCACAAGAAAUAGAGAUUUAUUCAAUAUAA